UAAGGGGGACAGCAGUUGAAGAGGAAGGAGUGCCUCUGAGAGCUCCACAGAGAAGCUGGACAUGUCAUAGGGCAGAACAUACAGCAGCAAUCAUGGGAUUCCUCCUCACCUUGUCUGUUUCUGCUGCCUUUUAUUUGCUGGCAAUUCCUGGAGAUUUGUGUAUGAAUAUCAUUGGAGGACAAGAUGUGAUUCCACAUUCAAAACCAUUUAUGGCCCUAAUUAGGAGUAGGAAAGCAUACUGUGGAGGAUCUUUGAUUAAAAAAAAUUGGGUGUUAACUGCAGCCCAUUGUUCGACCAAAGGAGCUGAAGUUAUUCUUGGAGCUCAUUCAAUAUCAAAGAGAGAAAAAGAAAAGCAGCUUUUUAAGAUUGCAAAAAGAAUUCCCUAUCCAUGCUUUGAUGGUGCAAAUAAAGGAAAUGACCUAAUGCUUCUGCAGCUUAAAGGACGAGUAAAAAUUAAUAAAGCUGUGAAAACAACUAACCUACCUAACACAGGCGGUGAUAUCAAAGCAGGGACAAGGUGCCAAGUAAUAGGAUGGGGAACCACAAAUAAUCGAAUUAACAAGGUGUCUGAUACCCUAAAGGAGGUUAACGUCACAGUCAUUGACAGAAACACUUGCAAUGACAAGAAACAUUACAAUUUGCAACCUGCAAUUACAAAAAACAUGGUGUGUGCUGGGGAUGUGAAAGGAGGAAAGGACUCUUGUUCUGGGGAUUCUGGCGGUCCUCUGAUAUGCAAUGGUGAAUUGAAAGGCAUCACAUCCUUUGGCAAGAAAGGACAGUGUGGUGUUGUCCAAUACCCUGGCGUCUACACUCUUCUUACCACCUCCUAUAUUAACUGGAUAAAGAAAACAAUAGGGGGGGACUUGGAGGAUGACUUUUUUGCUGACUGAUUUCUUUUUUUUUUUUCUCUUUCUCUGCCUCUGCCAUUCAGUUAUGUGUAGCAAAUUUUUAACCAUGUUUGAAAGAUGCAAUCAUUAGGAAGUGGUAUUUCCACACUAAGCCUCUCUGGCUACUAUGUUUCCUAUCAGAAUUCAAUUUCAUAUGUCUUCAUUCUGCACAGGCAUGACCUUACCCUGAGCCCAAAACGAGUACAGUACAGUGUUCUGCAAUCACAGGAUGUAUGGCCUGUGGUCUUAGUAACUCAGUCAUGGCUCGAGAGAGGAUGAUUCCUCCACUUCUACAAACCAAAUUUACCUUGAGGUUCCUAUGGGUAUGAAGGGUUUCUACAUUAAGGACCCAGUCCAACUCCCAUUAAUCCAGAUUACAUGGCAUUGGAAGCCAAUUGCAGAUUGCAGUCAACGAUACCUUCCUGUAUCUUGAUUUUUGUAAAAACCCCUUGCAUUUAUGGAGACACUGGGAAUGACCCCAGAAAACCUGAAAAAUUGCUGGCUUCUCUUCUUUCCCUGCUGGCUCCUCUUCUCAUGAUUCUCUCCCUAAAAUCCAUAUGAGGAGGCUAUUUGGUCAGCAGUCUCUAGAUACGUAGUUUCAAAGAUUUUUGCUGGACAAUGUAAUAGACCAAAGGGUCUAAUAAUUUUAUAUUUCCUUUCUUUGAUAGAUUCAGCAUU